CUCGUACAUCUGAGCAUGCGCAGUGGCCGUGUGCUGUUCACAUGGAGCCAAGAUGGCGGCUUUGUCGUGUUGUUGUUGAGAUGAAUUUAAACAGCAGAUUGAUUAAAUCAACUCUAACUGGUUUCCAGGCAAUAUGGAAGCAUCUGUGAUUUGGAGACUUCCUGACUAAAGAAAAUGUGUGUCUUCUGACGCCUUGCGGGUCUUUGCAUUGGCGCUACCGGCGCUGUGAGAGCCGAAGAUACAAGGAAGCCCCCCACCCCCUCAAAUCUCUGAACGAUAUUUUCAUACAACCUCCCGUCCUGUUUCAUAGCUAGGAAACGAAUUCCAGCUGCAGGACUGGUGCUGUCUGCCGCUGGUAUCCUGUCAUCAUGGGGGACAGACCCAGGAGAAACGUGGUGCAGAAAAGUUUGGAUUAUAAUGGAGGAAUACUGUGGCGUGAAGAGAGGGACUUAAAAAGGGCCUUGUAUGCUUCCCUGCGGGAGACAAAAGUGGACCUGGCAGGCACUAGUGAUGAGAGGGAGGAAGACUUGGGGUACCAGACCAGCUGUUUUGGACAGAACAACAAAAGCCUGUCCAGCAUGACCAGGACGUCAUGUGCUGGUAGUCCAGAUGAGAACUCAGUGGGGUCAGCAUCUGAUAGAGAGGAGGAUGAAUCUUCUCCAAGAAAAAAAAUGAAAGUGUCAGCCCAGCGCAAGUUUGCCCAGUCCUGUCCCAGCAGUCCUGACACCACUCCUGUCAAGAAAGCCAAGACAACAUCUUUACUGUCCAACGUCAAGGUCAAGACUGAAGACUUUAUCACCUUCCUUUGUUUGAGAGCCACCCCAGCACUGCCCCAGGAGCUGGAUGUGGUGAGGCAGGGCUGUCUCAGCUCCCUGCCGGCCCUGGAGAAGGUGACAGCUGACACACUGUGUGUAGAACCAGAGAGCCCCAGUACAUCCAGCAGUGUAACAACACAGAGUCUCAGUGGUGGCACAUCGUUGGCAGACGGGAUCUGGCCAUCUGGCCCACACAGUGAUACUUCUGAAGCCAGUGAGGGAUCGACAGACAGUCUGUCUACUGAUGGGGGGCUGCAGGCUUCUACCCCUCCUGCCAGAGGGAGACAGACCAACAGCAGCAAGUCCAUAUCAGCGUCAUGUGUGAGGAUGUCAGCUCACUCUCUACCCCCAGGCCGGGUUUGCCAGGCACAGUCCACACAAACAAGUUCACUUCCCCUCGAUCUUAUCAAGUCUUCCACAGCUCCAACUCUCCUCAAUUCAACAAUAUCCACCAAAAAAACUCCGUCCCCGGGGAAAAAAAGAGGUCCAGAUGGGAGGUACACGUCACAGCUCAAGGUCACGUGUUCCAAGGACAAAGUCAACAACACCGCAAAAGUUCUCAAGAACAGUGACAGUGUGUCGAAUGACAAGACAUCAGAUGAUGCAAAAGGUAAAAGAAAUCCAAAGAAGGUGUCGGCAUCACUUCAGCAUGAAAAUGAAUUAGUGUCUGUAGUCAAGAGAGUAACUAGGCAACAAAGGGACACUCGCGUCCACAACAGUCAGGUGGUUGAGAAAGCUGUUCGACCUUCCAGACUCCAAAAGGAAAUUCACGAAGUCCCAGUUGUCAGGAACAGUACCUUAAGGAAUAGUGUGCAGGCAAGAAAAUGUGUCAACCAAGUGUACAAUGCUGGUGCCAAACCGAAUGCAAAAAAUGGAGAGGCCACAAAAAUGAGUGACUCAAAAGCUUGUAAAUUAAAGACUGCUUCAACAUCGCAGUGGCACUGUAAAGCAAAACAUUCUAGUCAUGAUGACUCUGGUAGCAGUCCAGUCUGUGAAACAGUUACACCUCCAUCUCAUGCUUCUAGCUGGGACAAGAAUGCCAGUUGCCCAGAAGGAAGGCAAUCUGAGGAGCAAGAACACAGUAGUGCUUCCUCAGGUUUGAACACAUCCAAUGACAGAAGGGCAAGAAAACUGAGAAGAUGUUCUAUCUCUGAUACUUCCAGAAGUUCUGCCACACAAGGGGCAGCAAAGAGAGAGGAUGUCGUCAGCUCCACCUCUACCAUGGCUCCAAAGAUUAUUGAUGCCCCAGUUUUUUACCCUACAACUCAGGAAUUCCAAGAUCCCAUAUCAUACAUUGAAUCCAUUAGAGAACAAGCCCAGCCUUACGGAAUCUGCAAAGUGGUACCUCCAAAGACAUGGCGGCCUGAAUGCAAGUUGAAUGAUGACAUGAGGUUCACUACUGAUAUCCAGUAUGUACACAGAUUUUUCAACAGAUGGGGACCUAAUGUGGCGAAGCUGGCGUGCAUCAGGAAACACCUACAGACCCAAGACAUUUUCCUGGAGUCAGCACCACUGGUGGGAGGGUGUGAGCUGGACCUGGCCCAGUUUUCUACAGUCAUGGCUCAGUUUGGUGGACUACAACAGGUCAUUGACAAGAACAAGUGGAACAAAGUUGCUGACACUCUCAGGAUCCCAAAAGCUGCUCAGGACCGGAUGGCCAAACUACAGGAUGCCUACUGCAAGUACCUACUAUCCUACGACAUGCUGCCAAACGAGGAGAAGGAGAGGUUACACCAGGAGGUGACAGAUGAAGCUAAAGAGAUGCACCAGCGAUGGGUCAAGCUGCAUACUGACAACACUGACAGUGCCUUGGAAGAUAGUAGUGUGGAUGAGGAGGAGGAAGAUGACAUGGAUUUCUACAAUGAGUGCAUGCUGCGGGGAAAGUCCAUGUCAUUGUCCGCUUUCUACCGUAUUGCAAGAAACGUGGUGAACACAUGUUUCCGGAAAGAGCCAAGCACACAGGAGGUUGAGCAUGAGUACUGGAAACUUGUGGAUGAGAGACUGAUCCACACUGCAGUUCACACAGCAAUAGUGGAUACAAAAACACUUGGAAGUGGCUUCCCCAUUCACAGGCAAGAUAGUUUUGCCAAGCAUGGCUGGAAUCUCACCACAGUGCCCAGCAACCAUCACAACAUCCUCAGACACCUGGGAAGUAUGUCAGGUGUGACAGCACCCUGGCUGUUGGUAGGCAUGCUCUUCACUACCUCAUGCUGGUCAUGUGACUCCCACAAGCUGCCAUCUAUCGAGUACCUUCACACUGGUGCUGACAAGAUAUGGUACUCCAUUCCCCAAAGUGAACAUGUGAAGUUCAGGAAAGCCAUGCAUUCUCUGGUGCCAGAUUUAUGCAGUGAAGGGCUGUGCUGGCUUGAAAAAGAUGCAGCUAUGGUGCCUCCAAGUGCCCUACUAGCAGAGGGUGUGUCCCUUUGUCGAGUGGAACAGAAGAGUGGCCAGUUCCUGGUCACUUUCUCAGGUUCUUAUGUUGCAAAUAUCUGCUGUGGAUACAGUGUGGCUGAGGCUGUGUACUUUGCCACUCUGCAGUGGCUUCCAGUGGGACAAGUUGCAAUCCAGACAUUACGGCAGCAGUGUAAGGAGACUCUGUUCUCCAUAGAGAAGCUACUGGUGCUACUGGGCAUGUCAGAGGUGGAGCGAGGCAACGCCAAGAUUCUGUCAUGGAUGCUACCAGAGAUCACACAAGUCAGGGAUACAGAGCUGGAGCUGCGGACCAGGCUGCGUGAGGAGGGUCUGACUGCUGCAGGACGGUACGGCUGGCUGGAGGACGGACACGGCCGCAGACAGGGGAAGAAAGUGCCAACAGACACACAGGAGAGGCAGUGUGAGAAAUGUGACUACCCUUGCUAUCUCUCCAUGGUUGUGGAGGAACAGGAGAAUGAAGUGUACUGUCUACAACAUGCACUGGAUUACAUUAAAGACAAGAAGUCCUGUCGGGGCCUGAAGUUUAUGUACAGAUAUGAUGAGGAACAAAUUCAGGACCUGGUGAAUAGAAUAGAGCUGGUUGUGACCUGCCCUCCAGAUGGCCAACGUGUGAAGACUAAAGCAGCCUCCAAGACUCCUGCUGCCACUGCUGCUCAUUCUCAACAUUGAUGUAAAACCCUCCUGGGAGAACCUUACUUGUACCACAAGUCUCUCUGGCUUUAGUCUGUUCCAGCACAUUUAAUUUGUUGGUUCUUGGAUUCGCCUCUUUGUUUUUUCUGAUUUG